CCAAGAGCUGGGCACCAUUUGGCCGGCGACUCUGCAGCGAUGAGCAUCAAAUUCAGCGUGAAUGGCUUCCCCUACGAGGUGCAGGCGACGGACUAUGCCCCGGACCUCACCCUCAACGCAUUCCUCCGCCAGCAUCUCCAGCUGACGGCCACCAAGUACAUGUGCCUGGAGGGCGGCUGCGGCUCCUGUGUGUGUGUCAUACGACGACGUCAUCCGGCCACCAACGAGGUGCAGCCAAGAGCAGCAAAUUCUUGCCUGACGCUGCUCAACACCUGCGACGAUGUGGAUAUCAUCACGGACGAGGGACUGGGCAAUCGACUGAGCGGCUACCAUCCGAUACAGAAGCGUCUGGCCCAGCUGAAUGGCAGCCAGUGCGGCUACUGCUCGCCGGGAUUCGUGAUGAACAUGUACGGGCUGCUGGAGCAGCACCAGGGCCAGGUGACCAUGGCCCAAGUGGAGGACGCGUUCGGUGGCAACAUCUGCCGCUGCACCGGCUACCGCCCCAUACUGGAUGCCAUGAAGUCCUUUGCGGUGGACAGCGACACUGCGGUGCCCGCGGAGUGUGUGGACAUUGAGGACUCCUUCGAGCUGCUGUGUCCCCGCACGGGACAAUCCUGCCAGGGCAGCUGCUCGCGUCCGGCGCGGCGCAGGCAGGACCCGGCGCCAGCCCACUGGCAUUGGCCCAAGACGCUGACGGAACUCUUCUCGGCUCUCGGCCAGGUGGCCAGUGGCGAGCUCUUCAUGCUGGUGGCUGGCAGCACGGCGCACGGGGUCUAUCGGCGGCCCAGAGGCAUUCGUCACUACAUCGAUGUUCAGGCGGUGGCAGAGCUGAAGCAGCACAGCCUCGAGACGGAUCACCUGCUGCUGGGCGGCAAUCUCACACUCACGGAUGCCAUGGAACUGUUUCUAGUUGCCGCCAAGCGGCCGGGCUUCGAGUACUGUGCGCAGCUGUGGCAGCACUUCAACCUGAUUGCCAAUGUCCCAGUGCGAAAUAACGGCACACUGGCUGGGAACAUCAGCAUCAAGAAGGAGCAUCCCGAGUUCCCCUCGGACGUGUUCAUCACCUUCGAGGCUUUGGAUGUCAAUGUGCUGGUCUACGAUAGUCCCAGUAGCCAGCGUGUGAUGAGCCUGCUGACGUAUCUGGGCGAUGCCACGCCCAAGCUGGUCAUUGGCGGCUUCAUACUGCGGGCCUAUCCCAGGGAGAGAUAUCUCUUCAGCUCCUACAAGAUCCUGCCCAGAGCGCAGAAUGUCCAUGCCUAUGUGAAUGCGGGAUUCCUCGUCGAGUGGCAGGACGUCCAGCGGCAUAUUGUGCACUCGGCGCGCAUUUGCUUUGGCAACAUUCGACCCGACUACGUGCACGCCCAGCCACUGGAGCAGCUGCUGCCGGGCAGAGAUCUCUACGACCCGGCCACAGUCGCCCAGAUGUUCGAGCAGCUGCGCGGCAGCCUGCAGGCCGAGGAGCGGCCGCCGGAGGCCUCGCCCGAGUACCGUGAGAUGUUGGCCUGUGCGCUGCUCUACAAAUUCCUGCUGGCCACCGCGCCCCAGGAGCUGGUGCGGGAACGCUAUCGCAGCGGCGGGCAGCUGCUGGAGCGGGCUCUGUCCUCGGGCAGUCAGACCUUCGAGACGAUCAAGCAGAACUAUCCAGUCACACAGCCAGUACAGAAGCUGGAAGGUCUCAUGCAGUGCUCGGGCGAGGCCAGCUAUAUGAACGAUCUGUUGACCGCUUCGAAUGCCGUCCACUGUGCCUUUGUCACGGCCAAGCGUGUGGGCGCCACAAUCCAGCAGAUUGAUGCCACGGCUGCCCUCGGCUGCGUGGGCGUUGUCGCCUUCUUUGCGGCCAAGGAUAUACCGGGCACGAAUAGCUUCCAGACGGUCAGCCAGCUGACCCCAGACGCGGACGAGAUCUUUGCCGCUGGCCGGGUCAGGUACUACGACCAACCCUUGGGUGUGAUUGCGGCCCUCUCGCAGGACACGGCCGUCCAUGCGGCCACCCUGGUGCGGGUGACGUACGCCAACGAUCAGCGGCCGAUCUACACGAGCAUCGGCCAAGUGCUGGCCGCCAAGCAGCAGGAUCGAAUCGUCUGUCUGCCGAAGGAGUUACCCCAUCUGGAUUCUGCAUCUGGCCCGCCUCUGGCGCCCGGCGAUGUGCUGGGUCGGGGCAUUCUCGAGCUGGAGUCACAGUACCACUUCACCAUGGAGCCGCAGACAACGAUUGUGGUGCCCCUGGACAAUGUGCUGCAGGUGUGGUGCUCCACCCAGUGGAUGGACGGCACUCAGGGCAGCAUUGCCCACAUGCUCAAGCUGGACGUGAACAAGGUGCAGCUGCAGGUGCGCCGUGUGGGCGGUGCCUAUGGGGCAAAGGUGACGCGCGCCAAUGCUGUGGCCUGUGCCGCCGCCCUGGUCGCCGCCAAGCUCAACCGACCCGCCCGAUUCGUCCAGACCAUCGAAUCCAUGAUGGAGAGCAAUGGCAAGCGCUGGGCCUGCCGCUCGGACUACGAGUUUCGAGCCCGUGCCAACGGAUCGAUCAUUAUGCUGACCAACAACUACUACGAGGAUGCGGGCUGCAAUCUCAACGAGAAUGUCGUCGAUUUCCUCACAAUGCCAGCCCUCAGGAAUGUCUACAAACUCACCAAUUCCAACUACAAGGCCACGGGAAGUGCCAUCCUAACCGAUGCCCCCAGCUCCACCUGGUGUCGGGCACCUGGCACAGCAGAGGCCAUUGCCAUGACGGAAACAGCUUUGGAGCACAUCGCCUUCAGCCUCCAGCUGGAUCCGGCCGAUGUGCGGCUGGUCAAUCUGCGAUCGGGCAGCAAGAUGGUGCAGCUGCUGCCCCGGUUCCUGGCCACCACGGACUACCGCAAGCGACGCGAGCAGAUCAACCUGUUCAAUGCGCAGAAUCGCUGGCGCAAACGCGGCCUGGGACUGGCCCUCAUGGAGUUUCCGCUGAACACGACCGUUGGCUUCACAUAUCCCACCACGGUGGCCAUUUACCACGAGGAUGGGUCGGUGGUCGUCACGCACGGCGGCAUCGAGAUUGGCCAGGGCAUCAACACGAAGGCGGCCCAGGUGGCGGCCUUCGUGCUGGGCGUGCCCCUGGAGCGGGUGAGCGUGGAGAGCAGCAACACGGUGAGCGGAGCCAACUCCAUGAUCACGGCCAACUCCAUGAGCAGCGAAAUGGUCGGACUGGCCGUGCGCAAGGCCUGCGACACGCUGAACAAACGCCUGGAGCCCGUCAAGAGGCGACUGGGCAAAGCCGCCACCUGGCUGCAGAUCCUGCAGGCCGCCUACCUGCAGUCGGUUAUUCUCAUAGCCAGCGACUCGUACAAGCUGGGCGAUAUACCCAGCUACAGCAUCUUCGGGCUGAGUCUCAGCGAACUGGAGCUGGACAUACUGACGGGCAGCCACGUGAUACGCCGCGUGGACAUCCUGGAGGAUGCUGGCGAGAGUCUCAGUCCCAAUAUCGAUGUGGGCCAGGUGGAGGGCGCCUUUGUCAUGGGCCUGGGCUACUAUCUGACCGAGCUGCUGGUCUACGAUCGCCAGACGGGCCGCAUUCUCACCAAUCGCACCUGGAACUACCAUCCGCCCGGCGCCAAGGACAUUCCCAUCGAUUUUCGCAUCGAACUGCUCCAGAAGAGCCCCAAUCCGGUGGGUUUUAUGCGCUCCAAGGCCACGGGCGAGCCAGCCCUGUGCCUAUCCGUGGGCGUGCUCUUUGCCAUGCAGCACGCCAUUCAAUCGGCCCGACAGGAUGCGGGCCUGCCGCGCGAGUGGGUGCGCCUGGGCGCGCCCACCACGCCGGAGACUGUGGUCCUGAAUGCGGGCAGCCAAGUGCAGAAUUUUGCCCUGAAUUGAGUGGGGAUGUGGUUGGGUUUGCCUUAUUACGAGAUUUUAGUUGGUUGCGGGGAAUUCGGUGAAAUAUAUUUGCUUACAUAAA